AUGACUGCUCGCGUUUCCAGGCUCCUUCCUGGGAAGGCUCGUUCCUUGGUUACAUCAUCAAACAACCGGAGAGCAGAGGAUUGCCAUCAGCGGCACCAAGAGGCCUAUGGUUACUUCUUACCCAUCCAGACAAGAUGGCAGGACAAUGACCAGUAUGGUCACGUGAACAACGUUGUGUAUUACAGCUACUUCGACACUAUUAUCAAUCACUACCUGAUCAGGUACUGUGGCCUGAAAACCGGCUUGCUGACAUCGCCGCUGGUGGGGUUCAUGGUGACCAAUCAGUGCACUUUCCACACACCCAUCGGCUUUCCUCAGGUCCCACUGGCUGCAUUGGCUGUGGAGAAAGUGGGUCAGUCUAGUGUGCACUACCGGCUUGCGCUGUUCCCACCAAAUGCUGCCCAGGAGUCACAGUCAGUAGGUCACCGCGACCUCAGUGAUGGUCUUUUCUUUGGCCACCCCAUGCUGGCACAGUUUGGUGCUUUGGCCUGUACAACUGGAUCUUCAGUUCACGUCUUUGUGAAUCCAGCAACCAGCAAGCCAACGACCCUUCCAGAAGACUUCAGGAGAGGCCUCCUGAGACUGAUGAACCCACCUCCAGAGUGA